AAAUUCCACACAUCCGUUUUUCUUGUUGCUGGGCAGGUAAACAAAUGUCACACCGGUUCACGCAUAUUUUCUUACCAUGUCGCAGAGCAAACACAUGUGUAGUGAUGAUAUAAUGGAGUAGAUGACAGAACAACUGUUUAACACACUGAACGAAUAAAGAUUAUGUAAUCUGAUUGGACAGAAUAGGAGGCAAACAAUGUCAGAUUAUGAAUAUAGUGACUCCUUCAUCAGCGAUGAAGAUGAUGCUCCAAGAGCAACCAAGAGUACCGGGGGCAGAAAUACACGUAAAUACAAGCCAGGUUUCAAGACUCAAACAGUCAAUGACAUCUACUCUCCCAGAACGAAAGUUGGCGGACAUAGAGGGGGUAGGGGACGUGGUAGAAAUGUGACCAGUCGAACGUCGGUGCCCAACUCCGAACCCAAAGUAGAUGGGGUCGUACAGAGAAUGCUGUCUGCAAAAAACUUGAAACUAAAUGAGCUCAGGAAUCAGAUUGAGGAUAUGCAGACAGCAUUCAGAGACCUAAAGGAGGAGAACAAACUCCUGAAAAAGAUGCAGCAUCGGCAGGAGAAGGCCCUGGUCAAAUACGAGGAUAAAGAAGGCGACCUACCACAGAUCAUUGCCCGCCACCAGAACGAGGUCCGCUCGCUGAAGGAAAAUUUACGUAAGACGCGCGAUAAAUAUGAGAGGACGGAUCGCUACCUCAGGGAUGCUGAAGAUGAGCUUGACAAGGCGAAGAGUAAAUUAAAGCGCUACAAGUCGCUGGCUGAUCAGAAUAACCUCAAAGAGAGAGAUGACCUCCAGAAAGAAAACCAAAAACUGCAGAUUGACUUGGAGGAAAAGGAACUGAGAGUGAAGGAUUUAGAGAAACAUAUUGUGAAUCUAAACAAGAAUCAUCGACAUGAGCUGGGGAUUGAAAUGGCUCGGAAUCGGGACACUCAGAAACAGAACGACCACCUCAGAGAGCAGAACUCUACGCUGGAGAGACAACUCAAGGAAAAAGAUAAAGAACUUCAAAUAAAGAACAUUUAUGCCAACCGAGCACGGGCCCCCCACCGGCUACCAGCCUCAUACGGAGGAACCCCCCACGAUACGCCCCCUCCAAAGGCAAGGAAGAGGGCGCCCUCACUACAAGAACUGACCCCCAGGGAGAAAGUGAAGCAGUAUGAAGAGAAGCGGAGAGAGGAACAACAGAAGCACAGAGAGUCAAGGAAGGGAAAAGGUGAAGGACCUAGGAUGGCCUUUAACGAUAACAAUGACAAACCAAGUCGUAAUACACAAAGAUAUGAUGACUACGAUUCAUACAAUAGUUAUGAUAGUCCACAAAAGAGUUCACAGAACAAGGGCUACUCUAACUCCACUGAGUACGCCCCUGCACCCACAUGGAGGCGCCCUGCCCCAGAGGAACACGAGUAUGAAUCGACCAAGGAAAAUAAGCCCCCUCUACCCAGCACAGGUAGAAGGGGGUUUUCGUUUAAUUUUCCUGGUGGCACCGCUCAACCAGAGCAACAGGAAAGAUCACGAAGAGAGAAAGAGGAAAAAGAAAGAGAAGAGGUGGAGAGGAGGCUGAACCAGGAAAGAGAAGAAAAAGAGCGAAGGGAGUGGGAGAGGCGUGACCGUGAGCGAAGGGAGCGGGAAGAAAGGGAAAGGCAAGAGGAGGAGAGGCGAAGACGUGAAGAGGACGACUGGAAACUGACGCUGGAACGUGAGAGACUCAAGCACGAACAGGAAGAGAGAGACAUAGAGUUGAAGCACAAGGAGGAAAAACAGCGCAGGGAGCAACAGGAGCAGGAGCGAAGGGAGCGAGAGAGGAAGGAGCAGGAGCGAAGGGCGAGGGAGGAGAGGGAGCGAUUCGAGAUGGACGAAAAACUCCAGGAGGAACGUAAGAAAAAGGACGAACUACUGGCUAAGUUAAAGGAAAUUGAUGACGGAAAGAGUAAGGGCAAGGGUCCGGAGAAAAAAGAAAAGGAGUUGGACACUUUCUUUGUUACAUCAGGGAAUAUGGAUAGUGUGGAUAAGAAAACGGAUAAAAAUAAGAAAAAGGAUAAGGAUUUGGAUGAUUUCUUGUUUUCUUCCAGUCGUAAGGAUAGUGAUGGGGGAUUGGGUUCAGCAUCUAGCAAAAAUAGCUACACUUUCACGAAACCUAUCGAAAAUAUGCAUUCAGGAAAACCAGCUAGAGAUGAUGUGACUGUUCCAUACAUUGAGAAAAAGAAGCAGCAGAAGGCACUACAAGAUGAUGACGACUUCGGUGGAUAUCAGCCUUCUUUCUCCAGCAACAAGACUACAUCGAAAAUGACCAAGAAAACGGGAGGUAUUGUGUUCAAUGACGACUUUAAGUCAUCCAAACCUCCACGGAAAACGGAGAAAAAGAAUGAUUUAAUGGCAGAUCUUUUUGGCAAACAAACAAAAACAACUAGUCAGACUUUAGAUGAUGACGACCUUUUUAAGCCGUCUACUACAAAGAAAACAACCACUGUGAAUUCUUCCAUCAAGAGCUCCUUCCCGUGGGAUGAGGAUUCAAAAACUACAGCAAAGAAACCGUCCACCAAACGUGAGAACUCCACCAGUGCUUUGUUCGGGGGUGGAAACGCUAUCAUUGAUGAUGACUUUUCAAGUAAAGAUUCCUCUAAAAUGCUACCACGACGACCACGCCAAACCACCACCACAUUUCAAGCUCGCCCAGCCGUGACGGCGGUUGACCAUUACGAUGAUGAUAUUGAGGAGGUAGGAUUUUGCGAAUUUCCCGCAAAAUUGAAAAUGGAAACGGGUUCCUCUGUAUCGAAGGGAACUUUUGCUUACAAAGGAAAGAAGAGGUCUAUAGAUGCAGACCAGUAUUUCAAGAGAUCCGACACGCUGGGAACUUACAGACAACGUCUCGACAUUCUUCAGGAGGCGUGGGAAAACAUUGACACUCAAAUUCAGAUUCUACGAUCAGAUUUAAAUUCAAAGAUAUUUGAUGACUUGGUGAAGUUUGCAAAAUCAUCACAUGAGUCCUUCACACUUGGGGGAGGUCAAAUUGACAGCACACCAAAGGAGAUACCCACUGCUGCUUUUGUAACAGGUGUAAAUACCCCUGAUCAUGGAGUGAUGUUCUCGACCUUGGUGACCACUCUACAAGACAAGGUCAGCCCCCUGGUGGCCAUUCUUAAAUCCAAGGAUUGCAACUCUGUUAAGAAUACCCUAAGCAAAACUUUGACCCAGCUGUUUCAGAAUCCACUCUUGUUUUCAGAGGACGAUGAAGCAAUUCCUGGCAACACGAAAAACAUGACUUGUUCUAUGUCAACUCUGGUGUCUUGGUACCAAGACAAGUACAAUACCAAUAACUCCAGUCCAAAGAAGAGGAAGUCCCUAGGUGGGGGAUCCAAAGAUUUAGGGCAGUACCCACCCAUUGUUAUACUGUUUGAGGAUCUAGAGAGCUUUCUACCUCAUGUUCUUCAGGAUUACAUAUCUAUAUGUAGGAAUUACAUAGGUGAGAUCCCUUUGGUGUUUGUGUUUGGGAUUGCUACCUCUGUGUCCGCCGUUCAUCGACUUCUCCCUAAUGCUGUGUCCUCCAUGCUGUGUAUGGAGAAAUUCCAGGCACCUCCCUCCACAGAAUACCUCAAUAUGGUCAUCAACCAGAUACUGAUGACUUCACGGUAUCCAUUUAAGUUAGGAUCCAAGGUCUUUCAGCUGCUUCUGGACAUUUUCCUAUAUCAUGACUUCUCAGUGCUUAAUUUCAUUAAAGGUCUGCAGUUUGCAAUGAUGGACCACUUUUUCACUAACCCUGUCAGCCAUCUUUGUUGUUCCCUGGAGGAGCUAGAGGAUCAAGUCACAAGUCUGAAGCCGAAGGAAGUAGAGCAAGUCAGGCGUCUCAUGUCGUUCAGGGGGUUUGUGGAAGGAUGUCCCCCAUCUAAACAGGAAGACAUGCUUUUGAAUGAUAAAGUCACUAAAUCGGAGUUUGUGGUUUUGUUAAGGAGGAUCCAUACCUACCACUCCCACUUAUACCCAGUUCUCAAAUGUCUCCACAUCAUGGUGUCAAAAAUUCCAAAACAUCCACUUGGGAAACAGCUUCGAGAAGUGUACUCAAGACUGCUCAAAUCUUUCAUCUGUGAUACUGAGGAUUACAAGGAGUGCGUCGAAUUACUGCGGAUGACCUCCAAGGAUGAGUUGAUGGACCUCUUACAGCAGUGUCGGUCCUCUCUGACAGAAGAUCUCCCCCCAGACCUUAGUACUCUUCCUUCAGAUCUGGACGCUCUCCUGGACAGAUUCCUAAAGAUUGAUGAAGUGACAGAAGAAGAGACACCAGAGAACACAGAGGAAUCAUUGCAUCUGGAGAAGACUGAUCUCCACACUCUACGAAAGAGAUUACAAGAAGAGGGAAAGAAGAAGAAGAAAUUGUCUCCAUAUGAAAAGCUUAGAAAUGAAACAAUAGAUUUCUUUGAUAGCCUAUUUAGGAAGUACUUGGUGUGCCCUACCUCUCUGCCUCUGUAUGAGAUAUUUUAUUACGACGCCUGGGGAGAAAUCAAGAGACACUUGAAUGCUUCUCCGCGCUCUGUCGUCCAGAUGGCCCUCAGUUCCCCUCAUCAUUAUCUACAGUGUAAAUGUUGUGAAUCUGAGCCAGGAUCCGUAACUCCGUCGAUGCCUGACAUUUGUAUUGCCUACAAGCUACACCUGGAAUGUACACAGCUCAUCAACCUGUACGACUGGCUCCAGGCCUUUGUGACAGUAGUUACAACAGAUGAGGAUUUAGAUGAAGAAAAAAUCAAGAACCCAGAUAAAGAACUUCAAUAUCCUUUUACCUACUGUGAUAAAUGUGUACAAAUGUUCACCUCUGUAAUAACAGACAAUGUACUGUAUAAAUAUUGUACAUGUAGGGAAACCUCCUUUUAAAUGUGUGCCGUUAUGUGGCUAAUGGUUAUCAAAUUUGUACAUGCAGGAUACUGUAGAUUCCUUAUUUUACUCGAGUACUUAAUGCCGCGAUUCAAUGGUUUUCCAUCAAAUCGUGAGAACAUAAAAUCGCGAUUGCCGAAAUUUUUUCAUAGUUUCAUGUAGAUUACAUAUGUCUGAAAAUUAAAAGCGAGAUUUUAAAAUUCACUAGACAGGCUUCUCAUGAUUUUAGGUGGAUAUUAAUUCCUCGCGUUCAAUUAGGAAUUUACAGUAUCUAAAUGAAUUAUGCGUUUAAUAAUCAAAAGCAACAUGUUUGAUUAUAUUAAGUAGACAAUUAAGUUGCUUGGUUCGCAUUUUUAUUUGGAUAAUUUUCUGUUAAAAGAAAAGUAAAAGACUUGAUGC